AUGUUCGGCCUGUGUUACCCAAUCAAGAAGCAAACGCAUCUCGGAGUCCGGGAGAUGGAUAAUCUAGGGAAUGUGAGCCAAGGGUCCGAAGGGAUGUCGGUAGCCAAACCCCCGCCAUCCCUGACGGACAGGAAGCCCGGUUCAGGCGUCUACUACUUGGGCCCGAAAGAGCUACAGGGAGACCCAGGCCCUGGAAUCUACUCGGCCCAACCUCACCCCAACGGGAGGAUCAUCGCUACCUUUUCCACAUCAAUCAACCGGCCCCGAUACAUCCAGAUGGAAAAUUACCCCGUCGCUUCAGGCGAUGGGCGAAACAGACAGCCUUCAGAAGGCCUCGGAAACGGUCCCCUCCUGCGGGCGAGCGAGACUAUCAAAGUCCGAGGGCUCGGGGCGGGACACCUUCUGGCUACGGCCAAGAACCUCAAAGUGUGGAUCCCUUGGCACAGACGGGAAGGAGGUGGAAGGAGAGAAUGCACGGCGUGGAGUGGGACUCCUUCGUCUCUCCAGGCCGAGACUUUGGUUUUUAGUCUCGCGGGUGACGAGAAGGCCAGAAAAAGAAAGCAUCGUCCAUCGAACCAAGCCGUUGCCAGUCGAGAUGAAAACCUUCUUCUAAUGGAAUCCAGCUUGAAAGCCACUCAAGGGCUGCUGGGAAGCGAAGAGCAGAAACAGUUGUCCAGGAACAGAACGGGAGGAAUCGGGCAGACCUGAAGAUCGAGAGGGACGGUGUUAAGGCUUCCGGGGGCGCAGU